UAGGUUACGUCCCUUUGAAACUCUUCAAAGACAAAGAAAAUUGCAACUGAACAGAAAAAAAUUGCGGGUUAAAUACGUGGAAUGCACGAAAAUAACAGUCCUACUUUUAACAUUGAAUAGAGAGCACAUAUAAAGAACUGAAGAAUUCUAUGCUGAGUUUGUUUUGAGUUGGUGCCUAUGGUGUCCUAUUGUGUGAUCUUGGAUGUGACGGUUCCUAGUUGAAUCCUUGCCAGCCUCUAGAAUUCAUUUUUUAUGCUGAACUAUAAAUAAGAAUAAUGGCAGGAUUGUCGUCAGAUUUAGAAGUGUUAAAAGACAUCCCGGGUUACAAGGCUAUCCUCAAAUCUGUACUAAAGUCACAGAUUCAACUUCUGAUAGAGCAGUUAUCUGACCACACUGGGGAAGAGACCAUUAUACUGACAGCCAGUGUACAUGAUGGCACCCUGUCACAUCUUGGCUCGAUCACAGGCAAAGGCUUCCUGGACGGAAGAGAUGAAAUCAAAUCUCAAUUCUUGGCAUUCUGUCUCAAAAGCCACCACAAAAGAAAGUCGACUGAAGCGAGGUCAUCGCCAUACCAACGUCCACAGUCUGGAGGUCAAGGUGACAGGCUCACACCCUCUCAGAGUCACACGCAUAAACGGGCAAGAAUACAGCCAGUGUCGUUACAGAGAGCAGGUACUGGGGAGAGCACGGGUAACUCGUUCACUCCCCCAGAUAUGCACAGGGCUCCAUCUCAAAGCUUUAACACUAACGGACAAGACACUUCUUCAGGAAUUAAUGUGAAACUGGAAUCUAGUGAACAAAGUGUAAGCUCUGUAGACAGUACAAAUUAUGCCACUACAAGUGUUUCAUUUCCAACGUCUCUACAACUAAGUCAUACUCAAACGUCGGCCGAGCCGGCAACAAGUGAUAAUAGUGAAAUUCAGAACGACGAUGAUUUUACGGAACAAACUAGUGAAAAUGAUGACUCUACAGCAGCUAGUAUUAAAAUUGAACCAAUUACUGAAAAUGAGAUGGAGUUAGAAAUAACUGGCGUUGAGCCAGGAAAGUCGUCAGCGUCGGUAGACUCUUGGGGUCAAGGUCAAAUGCCUGGUACCAGUGCAGUUGGUGAAGGUGUUCCCACCGAGGCUGGGGACCAGAGUGGCUACAGUCCAGAGAGAGAAGAACCAGAUAGUAUAGAUCCACCAGAUAGCAUAGAUCUUACUGGAGAUGACAACGAUAUUGAAUCUGCACAGCAAGGAAUUAUUUCUACCAUCCCCAAUUUUACACCAGCUGCUGGCAGCUGCAGUUUCAGUAUUGUAGAUGUUUCUUCUUUAUCAAGCCGAGUUCCAGUAGUGGUUCCAGGCUAUCUGUAUGGACAAAGUAUCGCAGAUAUACAAAUGGUAGGAGCCAGUAGUUGUGCUGACGGUACAGGAAAUGUAACUAUGGCAGGGGAACCAGACAAUCCUAAUGCAUCAUGGGAGAGUUACGAUUCAAAUAUUGAUUAUGAUGAGGAUGGUGAUGAAGCUAAAGUUGUACAAAGUGACGUUAAUGAUCCUGCAGCAUUUAUGGCACCAUCCAUACCAAUAAAUCCAUUGAAACAUGUGCAGUUUAACAAGGAGUUCUAUGGUAAAAGUAAUUCGAGGAUUGUUUUAAAGCGACAUAUAUGUUCAAUCUGUGGAAAACGCCUUCUGAAGAAGAGCGAUCUAGAUCGGCAUAUGCGAGUUCACACGGGAGAAAAACCCUUUUAUUGUCCAGUUUGCCGGAAAAAGUUCAGCCAGAAACACAAUGUUGUACUGCAUAGAAGAACAAAAAAUCAUUAGUAGCAUGAAGUCAAGAGGAAAUAUUAUGAGAGGGAUGAAAACUGUACAGACUUUGAGUAUAUCAGAAGGUCGAUGAACGAUGAUAUAAGAAACAGUAGUAGAAGAAAGAAAAGAAAAUAUCAGUAGUGAAGUAGUACAGAAAAAACUUUACGUAAUCUUUUGAAACCGAUAAUUAACUAUGCUCAUGAGACUGGACAAUUUAUGACCAAUUUUGAUAAUGAGAUUAAAAUAUCACAUAUUAAUGCAACAUUGAAAACAUUUACAAAGAAAUACAUGUACGUAAAACAUCUUACAAUAAAAUUAGCAAUAGUGAUAAUAUAGAUAUUAGAUUAAAAAAAUGUGAUGUUUUUAAAAUGUAUUUCCUAUUCUUUUUAUAUCUUUGUUCGUGUGACAGAUCUUUUUACAUCUGUAUAAAUUUCAUAUUUUUAAACGGCAAACCUUCAGAUUUUGUGACUAUGAGUUUACACAAAAUUAUGGUGUUGACCUUGUUGUAUGCAGAAAUGCUUGACUUGUUAUGUGGCCACCAAGCAUUAGGUGUUUUGGAAAUAUUGGAGCCAAAUUGCUCCAACCAUCUCCAAAGUUGACCUCAUACUCUUUUGCUGAUUGUUUAUUGAAAUGUUCUGUAUUGCUCCAUUUUCAAUAAGUAAUUAAAGAUGCAUGAUAUGUUUGUGUUUGCAGUUUCAUCUGUCCAUUCUUCACAAAAUACUUUUUUAACCUGACUCUCUGCAGUCCAUGGUCCAACAUCCUCUAAUUUGACAAACCUUAAUGACAAGAAUGCAUUUUGCCUACUAUCAUUCAGUGAACUUUGAAGCAGCAUGCAGUUUUUCAUGUGUGCGUUUUAUGGUUUUUCGGGGUUAUGGUCUUAAUAGUUCAAUAUUUUCUUGCAUUUUUCUUGUCUGUGCUAUUCUCAUGUAAGUAUAAUUCAAUAUUUUUUCUGAACUUUAAUAGUGUGCAUCAUUUGAGUGAAUGUGCAAGAAUCUAUAAAUGUUUUUUAAAAUGCUGAUAUUUCAAAUUCAUGAGUAAUAACUGUUUCAUCUGCUUCUUACCAUCUUACCACAUUCUCCUUUAAGGUAAUAUUCUUGUUUGAAUAAUUUGUAUGAAUAAAAUCGUAAAAAGCAUUAUUAGACCGUAUCAGUAUAUGUAUCUUCUUAUAAUACAUUACGUUUUACAAUAUUUGUUACUUGAUACAAAUUUAUUUCGUUGAUUUCUCAAGCAUUCUUCUCCAUUUUUAUCAAUUCUUAAAAAAUUGUUGCUGUUUAAAUUUUUUUUCAAUUGUUUUAAGAUAUUCAAGACUAUAUAUAUAGUUAAACCAUAUUUGAACAGACAUUUUCUUGGUUCAAUAUUUAAUAAGGGGACAUGGUUCCGCCGUUACCUAGUUUGUUAACCUUUGCCAAAACAGUGCGUGUACCACACGACAUAAUGUGAUAUGUGUUGGACAAAGAACCAAUGCAAAACAUGGUGAAAGCACGUGUUUGAACAAUGUGAAAUUUGGGAAGCUUCAAUUUACGAGAAAAAAAAUACUGGUUUCACAUUUCGUGUAUGGAUUUUUCACUAUUUGUACUUUGUUUCAUGAAAAUUAUGAAGCUUUUAAAAAAUGGAAGAUAACAUAAGAUUGUCUUUAGUAUUGGUUUUCUCUUUGACGCAGAUCACAAAAAGUCAGGCGAUAUAGGCAGCAUUCUUGUUUUGAAUUUGUGCUGUAUUAGAAACGGCCUAAUGUAUUUUAGUUUAAAGGAAUUUCUGUAACGUGAAAAUCAAACAUCUUACAAUGUAGACUCUGUAGGUCUACGUCUCUACCUGUAAGUUACCGCAAUUUAGUAUAUUUGUGGCAUAGAAAAAUCAGUAUUUUCUCCACCACUAAAACUGAUGUGAUGUUCCAUGAUUUUUGUUAUAAUUAUUUUUUUUUUGACUUUAUAUAACAUUAGCGGAGUCUAUUUUGACAUAAUAUAUUCUUUUACCUUACAAAUCAUCAGCUUUCUAUAUGUGUAAUUUUUUAAAUAGAAAUAAAUUUAAAUUAAUUGA